AUGUCGAAUCCCAGCAGCAGCAUGAACAUGGAACACCACCACCACCAUCCUCAUGAAGCCCACAUCAAUAAUACCGGCGCCGUCCAACUCGAUUCCCGCAAGGCCCUCGACGACGACGGCCGCCCCAAGGACGUGGGUGACCGGGAGCGCUCACAUAACAACGACGAUGAUAGGGUCGGGAUGCUGUCCCUGGGUUGGGCCAUGGCCCAGCUGGGCUGGGUGGCCGGGCCGGUGGUCCUAAUGGCAUUCUCCUUCAUCACUUUCUUCACCUCCACGCUCCUGGCCGACGCCUACCGCUCCCCCAACCCCGUCACGGGCCGCCGCAACUACACCUACAUGGACACCGUCCGGGCCCACCUGGGCGGCCGCAAGGUCCAGCUCUGCGGCCUGGCCCAGUACGGCAACCUCGUCGGCAUCACCGUCGGUUACACCAUCACCGCCUCCAUCAGCAUCGUGUAA